CACGUCAGUUUCCGGUGCUAGCAUCACACGCUGUGGACUCACCGGGGAGCAGCUGCGCGUCUGCCUCAGAUUAACGUGAUAUAAAGUUGUUAAGGUUGAAUUAAAAUGGUUGGAAAGAUAAAGCACGUCCGUCAGAAGAUCCAUCAGGAGGCGGUGAAGCUCGACAGGCCGAGCAGCCUCACGCACACGCCGGGAUCCGAGGCGCUCUCUGCGGGUUCAGAGAAGCCUCCUGCUGCCUCGUUUUUCUCCAUCAAGCCUCCACUUCUGGAAAACAAGAGGAGUGACACCUCCACAGAUGUUAAACAGACUCUUGCAGAGAGCUCGUUCCCCGCUGGGAUCUUUGCCGGCACUAAGAUAACGCCGGAGAACCUCGUACAGACGCUGAAGUUUGAGGACCCUCCAGAUGUGCCCACACCUGUUCAGAAAGGUCCAGAGGAGAGGAAGCUGAAGUCAAAGAAGGAGAAGAUGAAGGAGAGGAGGGAUCGAUGGCUCCACAAGAUCAGCUCCAUCAAACAGGCCAAGGAGCGCCAGGCGGCCGAGGCUCGCCGCCAAGCCACGCCCGUGGUGGGCGACAUGAGGCCGCUGGCCGACGCUCUGCCGGAGCUCUCUCAGCUCAUCGCUCCCACCGCCGCCACGGCCCCCGCUGCUCGCCGCAAGAGCAGGAAGAACAAAGUCCCCGUGAAGAGACCCGAGCCCACAGACUUCAGUCAGAUGAAACAGUCACACAAACGCAAACUCCUAGAAGCGGAGACGAGCCGGUUCAGCGACGCCGUCAAGACGCUCUCGGCCAAAAUGAAUCCUCUGGCCGACAUCGGGGAGCAGCUGAGGAAGAGGAUGAGGCAGGAAGAGGAGCAAGGGCCGAGCUAACGGCGACGACUCGACUCCGACAGAGACUCAGGUUUCCACCGAGGUUCAAAUAAAGUAAAUGUAUUUUUAAAACCCGAGCUCGUUUGGUUUUUAUUUAUUCUCGAGUACGUCUGUCGCAGCUGACUGAUCUGAGACACAGAGUGUAGUUUUUCUAAAUGUUGACUGUGACGUAUUUAAUCGUUAUCUUGAUUUCCUCGCCAAAAUAAAACACAGGAAGUUGAAUCA